UGUAUAUCUGUUAACCAAAUAAGUCAUUAUGUCUUUUUUUCUCUUCAAUAAAGCUGAAGAUGAUAUUCUGAUGGAAGACACUUCUCGCAUUGACCCACCAUUCCUCAAUAGCGCUUCCUGUGGACAAGUUGCUGAUGAAGAUGAUACGCAGGUGGAAGGGACUUCUUGCAUUGACCCACCAUUCCUCAAUAGCUCUUCCCGUGGACAAGUUGCUGCUGAAGAUGAUAUUGUGAUGGAAGACACUUCUCGAAUUGACCCACCAUUCCUCAAUAGCGCUUCCUGUGGACAAGUUGCUGGUAAAGAGGAUAUUCAGGUGGAAGACACCUCUCGCAUUGACCCACCAUUCCUCAAUAGCUCUUCCUGUGGACAAGUUGCUGGCCCUUGUUCUUGCAUAGCAGAAGAAGACAAUGGAACUACUGGUAGUCAGCUUGAUGACAUUCAUAUAAUAGUGUCGGGCAAGUCCACUCUGGCAGAAAAGAGAGAAAUUUGCAAGUUUUUCCGAUUUUUCAAGGAAGUGGCAAAACGUCAUAUGAAAUUCAGCAAGACCAUUACUCAUGUUGUCAUGAUAACAGAUAGCAAAAACUUUAUCUGUGAUCGAACAAUGAAAUAUAUUCAAGGCAUUGCACAUGGAUUUUGGGUAUUGAGUAGUGAAUGGUUGUACAAGUCGUUAGAAGCAGGAUUUUUGCUGCCUGAGGAGAAAUAUGUGAUUCGAGGAGAUACAGUUUCUGGAGAAGAAGCUAUUGGACCAAGGAAUCCAAUGUCAGCAUCAGAGGCAGCAACAGGAGUUUUGCAGGCAAUGUCCAUAUAUCUACAUGGAUUUAAUGAAAGAUCAAAAAUAUCCAGGGAGGAAGUUGAGGACCUCAUUUACUGUAGUGGAGGACAAUUAUUGAAUUCAUUAAGCCCAAACUUGUCAAAUGCUGUCAUGUUAACAUCGGAGGAAACAAUGGAGGAUGUUUCUGAGCUAGAUUUUAAGUACUUUUGCUGUUGUAAACACAUCUAUGGUAUUUCAACGGCAACAUUGUCUUGGCUGAUGGAUUGUAUAGCUGAGCAGAAGCUUCACUCCCCAUCAGACUAUUUAGCUGCAGGUGAUGUUGAAAAAAAGGCUAAUGAAGACACACCAAAUAAUGAAAACUCUGCCUGGAUUCCCAAGAAAGAUGAUGGUGACAUUGGAGAGGAUAGUGAAGAAAUGCAGUGUUAUGAAGAGGAUGGUGCCUAUGCUUAUGAUGACAGUGAUGAGAAUAUGGAAGACCCAGACUGGAUUCCAGGGAAAAGCGAUGAAGAUGAUGAUGGAAAAAACAAUGAAGAUAAUGAUAUAACAGAAACUGAAGAUUUAGUUGGAGCAUUUGUUGUUGGAAUGCGUGAAAAGAACAAACAGGACAUUGCACAGGAUUGGAUCCCUGGAACCAGUGAAGAAGAUGAUGACAAUGAUGAUGAUUUUGAAAAAGAAGUCGUCGUUCCCAAUAUUGGUGUUACAUGUAACAACAAAAUUUUGCUUCAGAUGGCUAGACAAACAACAAAAGGGCGUAGUGCAAAACAAAAUAUUUGUUAUUAUUGCGAGAAACCAUAUAGUAGAAUUUCUAGACAUUUGAUUCAAGUGCAUAGCAAAGAAAUGGAAAUAGCUAAAAUUCUAUCAUUUCCAAAAAAGAGCAAGGAAAGGAAAACAUUGUGGAAAGAGAUUGUUAAUGAAGGAAACUACAAGCACAACUAUGAUGUUAUGAAGAAUGGUAAUGGAGAGAUAGUACCAAAAUACAGGCCAAGAAAUACAACAAACAAUCCAGAACCAGAGAAUUGUUUUUCAUCUUAUGCACCCUGCGAAUUCUGUUUAGGUUCCUACAAGAAAACAGACCUAUGGAAACACCAAAAAAACUGUGAACUGAAGAGUAGUGAAAAAAGAAGUAAAGCAAACCCAAUUCAGAUGGGAAAACUUCUCCUACCAAUUGUUGGAACUAGCAAAGGAUUCUAUGAGAACAUUUUCAUCAAAAUGAGAGAUGAUGCUGUAAAACUUGAAAUCCAAAAGGACCCUCUAGUUCUGCAGUUUGCGGAAAGGCUAUAUGAGAAAAAUGGAGCCAAUCUCCAUCAACACCAGUACAUUUCCCAAAGACUGAGAGAAUUGGGGAGGCUGCUUAUUCAGUUGAAGUCAGAUCAAACAGAAAUAACAUCAAUAAGGACUGCAAUUAAUCCAAUCAAUUGGGACACCCUUAUUCAUAGUAUAAAAACUUUAGCUGGCCUUGAUGAAAAAAAAAAUACCUACAAGACUCCCUCACUUCCUUUAAAGCUAGGUCAUAGCUUAAGUAAAUGUGCCAAGAUCUUAAAGACAAACGCCAUAAUAGAAGAGAAUGAUGCUGACAGAAAAAUUGCGGACAAUUUUCUGACUUUAUAUCAGAGUGACUGGGAAGAAAGAAUAUCUGCCCAUGCCUUAGCAACUCUGCAUAAUGACAAAUUUAACAAGCCACUACUAGUUCCUUUGGCAGAGGAUGUAGUUCUUUUAAAUAGCUACCUCUGUACAAGUGCUGCAUCCCUGAAAGAAAGUUUGAAGAAUGGAGUCGAUGAAACCAAAUACUCGGAGCUCGCCGAAGUCUGUUUGGCUCAGAUCAUAUUAUUUAACAGAAAGAGAAGCGGUGAGGCUGCUCGUAUAACAAUCAACCAGUACAACGAAGGACUGACCAACAAACCCUUGAACAAGGAGAUUGAAAAAUCUUUGUCCAAAUUCGAAAAUGAGCUAUGUAAGAGCCACACAAGAAUUGAAAUCAAGGGAAAAAGAGGAUCAAAAGUACCAAUUCUUCUCACAAGCACUUUGAAAGAUAUAGUGACAAUUCUACUAAAAGCUAGAAAGGCUUUGAAAAUAGACUCUGAGUUCAUUUUCAUUAAACCUAGAAAUUCAAAACCGAUUAGAGGAUCAGACUGUUUAAGAAAAUUUUCAGUAAACUGUGGUGCUAAAUGUCCCAAGCUCUUGACUUCCACCAAAUUGAGAAAACACCUGGCAACAAUGUGUCAGGUGUUGGAACUCAGCGAAUCCAACCAAGAUAUUCUUGCAAAAUUCAUGGGACACGACAUAAGAGUCCAUAGAGAAUUUUAUCGUUUACCAGACUCUACACUUGAGUUGGCCAAAGUUGCCAAAGUUCUACACUUAAUCAACACUGGUGAGAUUGCCAAGUACAAAAACAAGGAUUUCGAUGAGAUCGAGUUUGAUAAUGCAGCUGAAGUUGAUAUCCAAGAAGAUGACGAGUACAAGUCUGAUGAUGAUGAUGAUGAUGAUGAUGAUGAUGAUGAUGAUGAUGAUGAAAUGGAGGAUGAAGAGUUGGAUGAAGAUGUUUAUGAAUUCUCUGACCCUUGUAUAUCAUUAAAAAAGAGAAAAGGCACUCAAAAGAAAGGUACUAGCAGCAAUGGAGGACGGCAUCAUUGGUUAAGUAGUGAGAAGAAUGCCAUUGAGCGCCAGUUUUCUGAAUAUUUCAAAUCUGGACAAACACCUGGUCGAUUAGCCUGCUUAAAUGCAAUUGCCAAAGAACCAAUACUUUCAAAACAUGACUGGUCCAAGAUAAAGCAUGCUGUUAGAAAUAUGAUAACAUCACAAAAAAGGAAACAAUACAAGACUUGAACUGAAGGCCUAAAUGUUUUCAUUAAUUUUACAUCAUUUAAAUUGCAACAUUUAUUUGCUUUGCUUGAAUGUAUAUAUGAGUUUCUUCUUGUUAUGAUUUAGUGUACUUAUCUGCAUAUGUACAUUUAUGUAAUAUGAUCAAAAUGAAUACAGUACAAUUGAAAAUGAAAAUGCUUUGUCAAACUUCUAAUUGCAAUCCAGUGUAACAAUUAUUAUGAAAUUGAACUUUGGCAUUUAUCAGUUGAUUUUAGAUUCAAAGCACAUAAAUCUUAUUAUUUCAACUAGCCUAUAAUUAAUUGUAUUUUGUAUAGUUUAUUGAAUUCAAUAUUGCAUGCAGAAUCAUACUUGAACUCAAGUAUAUAAGAUAAUUUUGGUCUUGGUGAUUAUGCCACUAAAAAGUAUGACUUUCUUCUCUUGUUCAGGGCUUGUACGUACCCUACAUGCAUUUUUGGGGGGUUUUUUUUCAAAUAAACACGUCUAUUGAAAUUAAAAUUUGUAUACAUGUAUCUUAAAAUAGAUCAUAGCAAACUAAAUAUUUUAUAAAGAUUCUUGAUAAAUAUAUAUAUAUAUAUAUAUAUAUAUAUAUAUAUAUAUAUAUAUAUAUAUAUAUAUAUCUAUGAAAUUGAUAUAUAUCUAUGAAAUUGAUAAAAAGAUUUAUAUAAUUGAAUUAUUUACAUGUAAGUGAUCUUGCACAUGUCUUUAGUCUUUUCCUUUUUAACAAAGAAACUGUAUUUUACCCUUUGCUGCUUUACAAAGCUAUGGCAUACAUGUACAAGUUAUCAAUGUAGUGAAAGAGACUGCACAUAAUGUGUCUCUUUUUUAGGAAUCAAUACGUGUACUACACUAAUACAUGUACAUGUUUAUAAAGUUAGCCGAAAUAUGUAAUGUAAUCAGUUUUACAAUCUGAAGUGCCUAUUUUCAUUAUAGGUAUAAAAUGUGUAUAUUAUAAAAUUUUAUGAUAUAUAAGCUGUUACAAUUAUGUAAUGACAUUAAUGUUACGAAAAAUUCAAAAUAGUCUAAUCAUUGAUUUUUAUUUCAUUUAGUCAUUUUUACAAUAUUUGUAUAAUUGUCUGUGCAAGGAAUUUCAACUUGUACAAUAAGUAAUGAAUUCUUAUACGUUUAAUAAAUAUUCA